ACGACAGCAGCCAAGAAGAGGCCGCGAAACAAUUAGUUUUUUUCCCCUCCCUCCUCGGUGUUCUGGCAUCGACCUGAAAAAUUCGUGUAUAUCGACAUAAACAGGAAUCGGCGAGCCGCGCACCGUUGACAAACACGUAGCACCGAUCCGUCGCGCCCGCGUUUGCAGUGUGCAUCUAACCUCAAAAAACAUUCGUUUCCAUUUACGUAGAAGUCUAUCAGCGACGGACGAAAACCGUUUCUCCUUUCUCUCUCUCUGUUUUUCUCUCUCUCUCUCUCUCUGUUUCUCUCUCUGUCCCCGUCUCUUCUGCCUUUCUGAUAUAUUUCCUACUCUCUAUCGUUCUCCUGUUACGAAGCAUACACGCAGUAGUGCGUAGUAGUACGUAGUGAGAACGCACCGAGAGGUGAAACGUGAAACACCGUCGAUAAGGGAGUCUAAAUUUAGUGGUAACACGAGUGCGCCGAGGUGGUGGACGUUUUUCUUCACGGCCGAAGAGAAGAGACACAAAAUUUCGAAGAUUCACGGUCUAUGAGCGCCGAGGGUCGACAGGACCCUGGAGAAGAUCACGAUUCCAGACUGUCUAAAGCACUAUUGUAAUCCCCCGAAUUCUGUUGUUAAAUUGUUAGGGUAGGAGCGAAGAGCCCUUGCAGCGACAUGAAGCGUGCGGUUGCCAAGAAAUUGAUCGAGCGAUAUUUUUAUCAAUUAACCGACGGAUGUGGUAAUCCCGACUGUGACAAUCAAAACUGCGCGUCAAGUGGCAAAGUAACGAAUCUGACGCCGAAUCAAGCGGCGGCACAGGCGAUUCAACUGUUCUCCCAGGAAGCGAGACUCUGCGAUGGCACGCAACCGAGCAAAGUGGCGCGAACAACUUUAGAACCUGGCCCGGCGUCCUUGGCCAAGAGUCUGCCAGUUAAAAGCGUGAACCCGACGUGCUCGGACGAAGGGAAACAGGACCCGUAUCUCACGGAAGCGAAGCUGUUGGACAUAAUCGAGAGAUGUAAAUCGGAGGGAUCUUAUUCGUUGUUGAUUCGUACCUUGGGAGAAGUGUUCUCGUGCGCGAAGGCGUUGAGUCUCAGCUUCCAGAAGACCGUGAAGAAUGACUCGCCGCUGGCCGCGCUACUGGACAGAGCUUCGGACACUCUGCUCAGGCCGCCCGGGGACAUGGACAAAGAGGCGAUUCGGUCUAUCCAAGGGGAGGACAAAGAAGAGGACAGCAGCGAGCCAUCGCCCACGGUUCCUAACAACGAUGACACCAGCGUCGAUCUACCGGCCGUGCGGAGAGCUUUCGCUGCUCUUUGGUCUCUACCAGGGGAGGUAUUCAAAUCCGCUUUGGUCAACGCACUAGUCACUUUGGCAGAUAAUAUCGAAUUAGAUUUGAGAGUAUUUCGUAUCAUGCCAUGGGACAAUAUGGACAGCUUGUUGAACGUGUUCUUGAUCGUGUUCGAGAUUCCUAUGCUCGGGAACAGCGAGUAUCUGGAACUCGCUCUGCACAUGCUUUGCAAAGCGCUCAGCUGUUUCCCCACCGUGGUACAAGCUAAACUGGCACGCGUAUGGGCUAAACACUGUAAAUCGCGACUCCCGAGUAUCUUGCAAGCCCUUCAGGAAUUGAUAACCGUCAAGGUCAUAGGAGGCUCGUUCACCAGGGAUUAUUGCGUUCAGGACGCGGACACCAUUACUGCUCCGACGAAAGUGAUGAAGAUCUUGUACUACGCGAGCAUGCUAGCCGGCGAGCUGGACGAACCUGAUUUAAACACGGACGAGGACGAGUCUACGAGUAACGAGAAGACCGGAAGAGUGUCGCAAGUUCCUCAGGACCCUUUGGCCAAGGAGCUAGGAAUCACCGCGUUGGACGCGCGAAAACCUCUCAUACCUUUUACAGACUUUUAUAACGAACCGCUCAGCGACGCGAUAGAAAUGGACAAAGAUUUCGCGUAUUACAAGAGCGAGGAGCCGAUGAAGUUUAGCUUUAUGAAUUACGCGUUUAUCCUCACGCCGGCCACUAAAACGUUGGGCUUAUAUUACGAUAAUCGCAUUAGAAUGUACAGUGAACGUCGGAUGAGUUUUCUACAGAGCGUCGUUGGACAACCUGCCAAUCCCUAUUUGAGGCUGAACGUGAGGCGAGAUCGUUUGAUAGACGACGCGUUGGUCGAGCUAGAGAUGAUCGCGGUCGAGAACCCCUCUGAUCUCAAGAAGCAGCUGGUCGUCGAGUUCGAGGGUGAGCAAGGCGUGGACGAGGGCGGGGUUUCGAAAGAAUUUUUUCAAUUGAUCGUAGAAGAAAUUUUCAAUCCCGACUACGGCAUGUUCACGACUCAGGAAGACACGCAAAUGACGUGGUUCAAUCCGACGUCGUUCGAGAGCGACGCGCAUUUUACGCUGAUAGGCGUCGUCCUUGGCCUGGCGAUAUACAACAACGUAAUACUCGACGUCCGCUUCUCCAUGGUCGUCUAUCGGAAAUUGCUCGGUAGAAAGGGCUGCUUCGCGGAUUUAGAGGAUUGGAGUCCCACGUUAUAUCGGACGCUGAAGGAAUUGAUCGACUAUACCGGAGAGGAUAUGCCCGAAACGUUCAUGCAAACGUUCCGAGUAGCUUACAAGGAUAUAUUUGGUUCGAUAUCUUUCCACGAUCUGAAACGAAACGGCGACGAGACGUUCGUCACGCAAGAAAAUAAAAAAGAAUUCGUAGACCUCUACGCAGACUUUUUACUCAACAAAUCGGUGGAAAGACAGUUUAAAGCAUUUAGGCGUGGCUUCCAAAUGGUCACGGACGAGAGCCCGCUAGCACUACUCUUUAGACCCGAGGAAAUCGAACAACUGGUUUGCGGUUCGAAAGUUUUCGAUUUCGCGGAAUUGGAGGCAGCGACGGAAUACGAGGGCGGCUACACCGUCGAUAGCAAGGCGGUACGAAACUUCUGGCGCGUCGCCCACUCGUUACCACCGGAAAGUCAACGGAGACUUCUCCAGUUCACCACCGGAAGCGACAGGGUGCCGGUCGGUGGUUUGUCAAGGUUAAAAAUGGUUAUCGCCAGACACGGUCCUGACUCCGACAGAUUACCAACGGCCCACACGUGCUACAAUGUGUUGUUGUUACCAGAUUACAGUACGAUAGAAAAGUUGCAGGAUCGUUUGUUGAAAGCGAUCAACUAUUCGAAGGGCUUCGGCAUGUUGUAAAUGUGGAUAAAAAGCUUCGAUAUCUCCCCCGAGUCUUUCAAAGUACGUCGGAUUCCAUACAACGGAAUCCGGGAAUCCCCCGUUUCGCCCUGCUGCUCGACAUAUUUAUUCGAAAUUUGUGCAAACGCGUGGAAAAUGUUGGAAACUCGAGCUGAACAUCUUCCCAUCCCCUUCCCGAUUCUCCUCGCUUUCAUACGAAGAAAAUAAAGGAAAUCAGUACCUUUGAUACCGAGGAUACCUCGCAAUCGAUCGUUGUCCUCCAACCGUUUCCCCUCGUGCGAAGCGGAAACUGGAAUUGCUGUACAAAAAAAAAGGAAAUGAAAUGUAAUACAGAAUAUUCUUCGAGCAAUAACGAGCUUUCACGUUUUUUUGCACCGUUACGUUGUUUCAAGCGGGGAAAGUAGAUCGGAGAACUCGGUCUCAGAGUCUCUCGCCUGGUUUCCCAUCGAGCCUUUCGUUGGACCGUUUCGUUUCCGACGCCCGAAACAAGUUUUUCACACGAGCGGCACAAUGCACACGCAGCUUAAGAAGAAUAGUGAGAAACGCGCUACCGUGACGAGUGAGCAAUGACCGAAGCCAUCGGAAUUCGUAGAAGUAUUAGCCGGUUCCUAGAGACGAAGCCUUCGAACGUUCACCGUCACUUUGUACACAAGUUUUCUAUCCGGACAAGAGUCGAAAGAGAUCCUUCUCCCCCCGGAGUCUGUAUGUACGCUCUCAUUUUACAUCACGUUUCAGUUGACGAUGAGUCAAACAAGAUAGUAUGCGAUCCAUACGAUACAUAUAAAUAUAUAUUAUAAAUAUAUAUAUAUAGCGUAUGGGAAUGAUUUUGUAUAAAUAAUAAUUGGUGGCUUUCUGCUCCACGUUGUCGGCUGUCUUAUCGUUAGUCGCAUGACAAUAUAUAUGAAAUAAACGUUGUACCGAGUGACGAUUCGUGCGCCAUUUAUUUUCGUAGCGAUCUACGUAUGCACGUACGUGCGACAGGAACGGAUAUCUGUAAUGUAAAAAAUAAAGAUCGGGUCGGUACCAUUAGGUCAGUGCGUACCAAAUGUCCUACCGAACGUCUCAAUAAUUUAUCGAUCGCUUUUCAACAUUCCUGAAUGAUUCAUGUAAAUAUUGUAUUACAAAAAUAAAUGCCAGGUGUUGCGUAUAAAAUUAUUCGGAGCAUCAAGAGCUGAACGCGUCUCUCGAUCUCGAUGUUUAAAUUUUUAAAUAUAUAUAUAUAUUACAUUCUUACACACGUAUACGUAUAUAUAUUUUUAAACUUUUUAUUUGUGAGAGAAAGCAGGACAUGUACGCGCCGAUCUAACAAAAAUGAGUCGCGAUAUACAUAAGCGUUAUUAUUAAUUUGUAUGGUAUUACGUGUGUAUAAACGAAACGGUUGUCAGGUGACGGGCGUAGACAGUUUCACGCGUUCCCAUUUGCAACGCGUCUCCCCUCGAGGCUGAACAUGAGAUGAAAAUUGACCGAUAUUCCUCCUUCCGCCGCCGCCGAUGAUGAUAAAUUGUAUAAUUGUUUCGAAAAAUUGUUACAUCGUCGAUUCGAAUAACAGAGGGGAUCAUGCAUACCGUCGAGAGUGAGCAAACCGCGAACGAUCAUCGCGCGUCCCGUUUCCCGAGUAUCAACGACCCGCAGAAUCUGAACAGUUUCGAUUUUGUACCAAAGUCUGAUUAUAAGGAGAAGUGGAACCUGGAAAAUAAAUGUCUUUUUCGUAAUCAACAAGUAAA